GUUUGACCACUGCUUAUUGGGCUCCAUUCCGCUUUGGGACUCUCUCUCUCAAAAAUCUCUAGGCUUUCAGCCUUCCCCCAUCUGCUUUCUUUGACUUGUUGGGAGCUUUUUCCUUCAUCAAAUCAAGACCACAGAUUCCAGUUCCAUAAUAUUUUUUUGGCAUCUCUCGAUCUUCUACCGGAGGGAGUUUCAUGUGCCUCCUAUUUUCCAGAAAGAUAGACAACCUUAUUAAAGAGUUUUUCCGUAAGAUGGGGUGUUUCACGGUUUUGAAGAGUAAGAAGAAAAAGUCUGAGCAGACAUUUUAUAUCAACCGUGCUAACCCUAAGGAUCAAACACCUACAGUGUUGCCAGAACCCCAAAUCCGAACCCGGACACUACAGUCUGCACCACCGAGUUUUAGGACCAGAGUGAAACCCAUUCAGCCAGUUAACAAAGUCACCAACAAUAGAACACGUGCAUUAUCUGCCCCAUCGUCUCUUGAUGCCGCAGAGCAAGAUGCUCUUUCAUCAGUUGAAUUUGAAGAACAGGAAGACUCGAGGUACCGAACUGGAUCAAUAAAGGAACAACGGUCCCCGAGUCCACAACCUCUUCCUCUCCCAUCACCUCAGUGUGCUGCUGCAUUGAAGACUACAGGAAGCUUUAAGUCAGGAACUGGUAGUGGGCCUCUCUACGCUUCUGGACCAUUGCCAUUGCCUCCUACAGGAGCACUCCGAAACUUUUCAUAUGAAGAAGUUGCUGCGGCUUGCUACCAUUUCUCUUCAGACAGAUGUGUUUCAGAAGGUCUUUCCUCCAUUAUAUAUAGAGCUUCUUUUGGGGAUGAUGCUUCUAGUUCAAAGAAGUUUGAAGCAACUGUUACUCGCCUUCACCCAUCUACUCAGGGGUUGAAGGAGUUUAUAAAUGAGGUGAACACAAUUGCAUCUUUGCAUCAUCCAAAUCUUUGUAAAUUGCUUGGUUACCAUGCACGUGAAGGUACAGAACAAAGAAUGUUGAUAUACGAGAGGCUCUUUCAUGGAAGCUUGGACCGGCUAUUAUAUGGGAGGUCGGACGGGCCCCCCAUUGAUUGGAAUACAAGAAUGAAAAUUGCUAUAUGUGCUGCACAAGGUCUUACUUUCUUGCAUGAAGAAGGGCCUUUCCAGGCGAUGUACAAUGAAUUUUCAACUGCCAACAUACAGAUUGACAAAGAUUUUCGCGCGAAGCUCUCAGGAUAUGGUUGUGUUGGCCACAUUCCUGAGAUAGAGAUCUCUAAUAAUUCAGUGGCAGUGGCAAACCUUUCAGUGGAGACAGUUGAGGAAGGACGGCUCACUCCCAAAAGCAAUGUUUGGAGUUUUGGAAUAGUUCUUCUAGAACUACUUACUGGCCGGAAGAAUCUUGACAGUCGUCAUCCUAAGGAAGAGAGGAAUUUGGUUAAAUGGAGCCGGCCUUUCCUGGCAGAUGACUGUCGAAUCUCACUGAUCAUGGAUCCUCAUUUAAAAGGCCGUUUCCCAGCCAAAGCAGCCAAGAUAGUAGCUGAUAUUGCACAAGGAUGUCUUCAGAAGGACCCCUCAGACAGACCUACCAUGAGAACUGUUGUUGACAAUCUCAAAAUCAUACAAGACAUGAAGUAUUCCUGUCGUUUUCCUCUGCAAGAACCAGCAACCGUUGCAGGAAAAAGGAUGUCAAAGUCACCGAGUCUAAAUGGAAUCAUUACUCCAGCUCCAAGGUUAAGUUUCUCACCAUCACCACCAUCAAGAGCCCGACCAUCUGUUUCUCCUACUAGACGACCUGCCUUGCCGUUGUCUCUUCCUCCGCGUGCUUGUUCCUCCACCCUCUCUUUGGAGGAGCUUGAACGGCAGGAAAGCCGGAAAUCAUCAUCGUCAACUGUGCGGAGAGCUAGUGUUGAGGGUUUUUGAUUUUGUCUAUAAUGUGCAUUUUUUUACAAUUUUUUUUUUUUUUUUGGUGCUUUUUUUUUUUUGGUGAUUCAACACAAUAUAUAGAAGAUAAACAUGUGGUUCUUCCACGCUCCAUCCCUCAAGAUCAUCAAAGAGAGGAUGUUCUUUUGUAGAUAGUACAAGCCCGGUUGGACCGGGUUCAAUUAGUUUCGCUUAAUCCAGAAUGCCAUCUAUAUAUGGGAAUUUGCAUGUUCCUUUA